GCCUGUGGGGCCGGGCCCCCGCCCCCGGGGAGGGCGCGGCGGGGCUGGCUGAGGCGAAGGAAGAGCGGGAGCGGCGGAGGGAGCAAGGCGGCGGCGGUGGCCGUGUCUGCCGCCGGGCGGCCAUGGUGGGCCUCAAGGAGGAGCUGCUCAAGUCCAUCUGGCACGCCUUCACCGCCCUCGACCUCGAUCGCAGCGGGAAGGUCUCCAAGUCCCAGCUCAAGGUCCUUUCUCACAACUUGUGCACAGUGUUAAAUGUUCCCCAUGAUCCAGUGGCCUUGGAAGAGCACUUUAGGGAUGAUGAUGAAGGACCAGUUUCCAAUCAGGGUUACAUGCCUUAUCUAAACAAAUUCAUCUUGGAAAAGGUUCAAGGAAACUUUGACAAAGUUGAAUUCAACAGGAUGUGCUGGACUCUCUGUGCUAAAAAGAACCUCUCUAAAAGUCCUCUGCUUAUUAGUGAUGAAGAUGCAUUUAAAGUGUGGGUUCUUUUUAACUUUUUAUCGGAGGACAAAUACCCUUUAAUCAUAGUACCUGAGGAGAUUGAAUAUUUACUUAAAAAACUCACUGAAGCAAUGGGAGCAGGCUGGCAGCAGGAGCAGUUUGACCAUUACAAGAUUGCUCUCAACACCAGUCGAGAAGGUCUUUCUGCAUGGGAGCUGAUUGAUCUCAUUGGCAGCGGGCAGUUUAGUAAAGGAAUGGACCGACAGACGGUGUCCAUGGCAAUCAAUGAAGUCUUUAAUGAGCUUAUAUUAGAUGUACUCAAACAGGGCUACAUGCUGAAAAAAGGUCACAAAAGGAAAAAUUGGAUGGAGCGAUGGUUUGUGCUAAAACCCAAUAUUAUUUCCUACUAUGUAAGUGAAGAUUUGAAGGACAAGAAGGGAGACAUCAUCCUGGAUGGCAACUGUUGUGUAGAGGCCUUGCCUGACAAAGAUGGAAAGAAAUGCCUUUUUCUCAUAAAAUGUCUUGAUAAAAGCUUUGAGAUCAGUGCCUCUGAUAAAAAGAAGAAGCAGGAGUGGAUUCAAGCCAUACAGACCACUGUAAACCUUCUGAGAGUGGGGAGCCCUCCACCCCACAAAGAAGCACGCCAGAAACGGAAAGAGUUGCGCCAGAAGCUGUUAGCUGAGCACGAAGAGCUGGAGCGGCAGAUGAAGGAGCUGCAAACGGCCAACGAGAACAAGCAGAAGGAACUGGAGACUGUGCGAAAGCAACUGGAAGCAGCAGCUGCUCGUGCUGCUGAGGAAGAGAAGAAAAGACUUCAGACUCAAGUUGAAUUACAAGAUCGCUUCAGUUUGGAGCUGGAGAGAGAAAAGAUGGUAAGACAAAAAAUGGAAGAGCAGGUUGCUCAGAAAUCAUCUGAACUGGAGCAGUAUUUACAGAGAGUACGUGAACUGGAGGAAAUGUAUAAACAGCUACAGGGAGCUUUGGAGGAUGAGAAACAGGCACGUCAGGAUGAAGAGACUGUAAGGAAACUUCAAGCCAGAUUACUGGAAGAAGAGUCAGCAAAGAGAGCUGAACUGGAAAAAUGGCACUUACAGCAGCAACAGACCAUUCAGAUGACAGAAGCAGAGAAACAAGAGCUAGAAAACCAGAGAAUGAUAAAGGAACAGGCUCUUCAAGUUGCUAUGCAGCAGCUGAAACAACUUGAACUGGAAAGGAAGGAGGCCCUUGAGCAAUAUGAGGAGGUGAAGAAGAAGCUGGAAACAGCAGCUAAUAACACCAAGAGUUGGAAAGAUAAAGUAGCUCAUCAUGAGGGAUUAAUUCGACUAAUAGAGCCAGGCUCCAAGAAUCCUCACUUGAUCACAAACUGGGGCCCAGCUGCCUUCACUGAAGCUGAACUCGAGCAAAGACAAAAGAGCUGGAAAGGGAAGAAAGCCACUUCUGAGUAGUGACUUUAGCCGAUGGAUUGUCCAUGAAUAGAAGCCCGCCUUCUUCCAUUCUGCUUUGCACAGAGCAGCUUCUCGCUUACAAAGAUCUUAGCUUGCUCAGCAGGUUGGGCCUUCCACAAAGGAAAUACUGUUUACCACUUAGGAGUGUCUACUUAGAGCUCAGUAAUUACACUGUGGUGUCUGACAGUAGUUGCUGUUUUCCCUCAUGUUUCCAGAAAUUCUGUUAUUUUAUACAAAACUUUUCAACUGAAGAUUUUUAUUUAAAUGUAGCUUGUGACAGGGUUGUUUCUCCACUAGCCUGUAACCAUCUGACAGUACCUAACUGCUCAAGCAGCAUCACUUCAUUCCAAAAAGUGAGGGAAGCAAUUGUUUCAUUGCUUCAGUGAGUGUAAUUUAAACCCAGAGUAAAUCAGCCCUGGAAGUUCUGUCCAACUCGAAGAGAGCAUUACCUUACAUUACCUUUCAUUACCUUUCAUUCCAUUUGGUCUUCUUUUGGUUUUGCCCUGUCCAGCUGUUGCUCUUCGAAGGGUGCUGAGUGCUCAGACACAUUCCUGCCUAGCAAGGGUAGACUGGCUUCACUGGAUACCUGCUGGCUGGUCAGAUUCUGUGUCCAAUUUUCCUUUGUUUUCAGGAAUCCAAACAAAAGAACUCGAAGUAGGUAGGUACAAAAUGCUGCUCUAAAACAUCUGGGAAAAAUAGUCGUACAAGAUUGCUCUUGUACCUUUUCAUACUUGAGAAGUACUAAAGACCUUUGGGAGUUCUUAUCGUAGUGUAAAAGAUGCAUUUUAAAAUCACAAAUUUCUGGAGGCCAUGAAUGGAAGAUGAUAGCACACGCGGGCCAAAUGUUACCUGCAUCAAGGCAAUGUUUGUGCAAGAAAUUCCAUCAUAACACACCACUCAUUCAGAUGCACCACUUUUGACUGACUUUAAAAUUGGGAGGAAAAUAAAAAAACAAAAAUCAAGAGGAAAACUUAAAUUUGACAUUUAAAUAUUAGAUAAAAAUGAGAAAUGUGUAGCAAAACUGCUUUAGAAAAAUAUUAAUUCCCAUCAGUAAAAUAAUUUUGGCAUUUACAGUGUCAAGGCUUCCCAAAGAGCUGCCUGCUCUGCCUCUGAAUUCUCUCCAGGGACCAAGCCAGUUAUUUCAGUCUCUGUGGGGAAAAGGAACAAGCCUGAUUUUGCUCUGUAGAUCUCCCACACCAAACAAGAAGUCAGUCUAUUGCUAAAUAAAGUAGUAUUCUUGCUAAGUUGUACAGACACUUUGAGAACUAAGUCUUCCUCCUGAAGAGCAGAUGUCCCUUGGUGUAGCCUGCUCAUCAACUUUGACCUUUGUAUGCACACCAAACGUGGGCAUCCAUCUUUUACCACCUGCUUUUUAGUUCAGCUAAAUGUUAAAUUAUUUUUAGUAAAUAAGUGAAUGUUUUAUAUGUAUAACCAGUGCAUUUGGGAUACUUGGGUCUCAGAAGGGCAGAAGCUGUACAGAAGUGAUCUUCAGCUUUGGAAGUCAAUGCAUUUUAUUUGCCUAUUAACUAAGACUCACUCAAAUACUGAAUCUUCUCUCUCAGACAUUUAUUCUCUGGUUAUAUUUUUAUACUAAUUGGAAUCUUAAAUGUUUCCAUAAGAAGCGCUGAUUAGAAUGGAAGGAAAGUCCAGGAUCUUUCUAUUUGUAUUUACUGUACAGGAAAGCAGGAGUCCUUAAAGCUUGCUAACGAGGCAUUUUUUAAAUUGAUCAUGUUUACAGAAGAAAUGUGAAAAAAGAAACCCAACCAACCCAACCUAUAAUAGAAAUACUAAUGUAUGUGUUGUUAAACUUUGCUAAAGGAGAUAGAACAGUAUUUAUAACUACCAGACAUCCUUUAUCUGGAGAGCAGAAGGUGUAUUGGGGCUAAACUUUACAUUUUCUAACAGUCUUUACUUUGGACAAAUGUUUUUUAAGUACACCAAAUGAUGCAUGUUUUCAUGUUUUUUACUGUUCUUUAGAACUGGCUGUUUAAUAAAGUAAUAUGAAGUCAUUUACAUUUCUUAA